AUGCUGGGAGUCAAUGGCAACAGCAUGCGCUCCAGUUCCUCCUCCUAUGGAGAUCCCAAGUACCUCUCCUCCAUUUCGGCUGCAGCAUUUGUGCCUCCUCCAUCCAGAAUCCUCGUGGACGGGUACCGAGGGGAACUCGACUCUAUUCAGGAUGCGAGCCCUCGAUACAAUCCUCUCAAUCCCACCCACCCAAGAAGCUCAGUCCUCCUAAAUGCGAAUGACCCGGUGGUUAUGCAUCUUCUUACAGAGACUGCGAUAGGAGAUAGUAUGCAGUUCGAGGUGCUGUCGUUCGAGGAAGCGGAGGAUCUGAAGAAGGAGCUCUCGUUGCUCACAAACCGGAUUAGUUCCUCCAAGCGUAAAUUGGCACUGGAAAUGAAACUUCAGGAAGCAGCCGCGUCAUUGGAUAGACUGUCGGAUGGCAGAUCCAGCCGGGACAAUGGUGACAUGGAUGGGGAUGGUUUUCCAAAGUCGAGGCGGAAACGAAUGAGCUUUUUUGGACGGAAUAGUUGGGGAGAACACCAUCGGGCUGACAGUGAACUGGCGAUAAGCACACGGAAAUGUGAAGAAUUGGCCCAGGAACUUUGGAAAUUAGAGCGCAGGGCCAACGAGCUCAGGAGGAGACUCUUGGAACACACUGCAGGUGUUCUGCAGAUGACGCAUAAAGGGUUGAAGAAAAAGCCUGUUAUAACUAACAACCUUUCACGAAGCCCCGAAAGCAUGCACGGAAGCCCGAACGCGCGAACUAAUGGCAACUAUCCGUCCGCGCCUCACAAAUUUGAUGAUCAAAGUCUCUACCAGACCACAGAUCACCUCGAUAACUAUGGCAAGGAUUAUGACAGACCAGGAAGGCUAUCACGUUCCGAAAAUGGCGAAGCCAGGUCAGUGGACUUGACAGCUAUACAAAAUACCGAGAAAAGGCUGAAGGAGUUGAACAAUCGCUUACGGCAGAUGAUUCUGUCGACCAAUUCAAGCCAAGAUAUAGAUCCUCUGCCGACAACCUUCAGUAAUAGUGGCCUUCCCAAUCCAUUGGCGGGAGUGGAAGCACACCUUAACUACCUUGAAAAGAACCUGACCUCCAUGGCCUACCAACACCCUCAGGAAACACCCCAAGAGGCAAAUAAGGUACCGAAAUUCGUUAAUGAAGCGGAGGAGAGACUGGAAGAGAUAAACAGACGGAUAGACAAUGUCCUUAGCACUACAGGAUCUUCUCGGUCACCCAACCCAUCGUUUCCACCCCGCCAGAGAAGAACUCUUCAGGGUCAGCUCAGUUACCUUGAGCAGACGAUUGAUAGCAUCCAACAACGGUUUGACAGUCUCGUCGAACAUAAAACUAUUUUGACGACGCAAAUACAACAACAACGAGAGCUUAACUCCAAAUCCGAUGCACAGCGGGAUGCUCAUUUUGCGGAACUCAACGAGCAGAUAUCCACCUUGAAAAAGGAGCUGGAGAUGUCACGGAGAGAUGCUAGUGGUACGCGAGAUAAGCUUUCGCUGGUAACGGAUCAACUUGACGCUGCCCGACAAGAAUCAAUGAUUCGAGAACAACAACGUGCCGAAGAUGACGCAAAAGCUAUAGCCAGCGCCCAGGAAGCCAAAGUGAAUGCUGAAAAUGAGCUACUAGUUAAGUCCAAAAGGAUUGCUUAUCUGGAGGAUGCCCUAGAGGGAGCACGUAAUGAGCAGGAUUCGAGGACCAGAGAAGCCAUUGAAGCAAAAGAAAUUUCCGACAAAGAGCUCGAGAAGCUACGGUCUGAAUAUUCCGAACUCGAAAAUGAGAUGAUCCGUGUUCGGACGGAACUAACGAUGGCUCAAGCAGAGCUUGAUGGGGCUUACGGUAGCCGUGCGGAACGCGCAGCGCAAGUUGCGGCCAACCCAGCGAUCCAGAAAGAAAUGGAUGAUCUUAAUCAGCGCAAUAGGAGUCUUACCGAGGAAAUAUCCAUCCUUCGAGCAGAACAACUUAACAACAGCAACGAUAGCGACAGCAAAUCGAGCCUCCAGCAGAGGGUUCAGAUACUGGAAAAGGAACUUCGAGAGACAAUUGACGAUUAUGAAGUAAUGACGAAGGCAAGCAUUGCAUUUGAGAAGGAACGGGAUAAGCUCGAAACUUCCAUCGACAAUCUCCGCGAUCGCUGCGAGAGUCUCGAAUCAAAACUCAGCGAGGAGAGGGUGCAGAGUAUGGGUAAUGGUAGUCUUGGAUAUGGCAAUGGAUAUGACAGGGGCACUUACGAAACGACUUCAACUAUGGUGCUCAAGAACGAGUUCAAGAAGAUGAUGCGCGACACGCGGGCUGAGAAUAUGCGAGCUCUCAAGGCCGAGCAAGAAGAAAGACGGCGACUCGAAACAUUGAUACGAAAUCUCAAGAAGGAGCAAGCUGCGGGGAAGCUGAACUUAAGCCAGGGCACCUCUACCACUUAA